UCGCAACUGAAUGAAUCUGUAGAAUUUGUCCAAAACAAAAUCAUCUAAACAUGCAAUCAAUAAUUGUUAUUGUUUUCGGUAUUGUUAUUGUUUCGUUUGUCGAAGCUAAUCCGAUUGUUGGCCAAAAUAAAACCGAUAAAGGUUUUAUAACGAUUAUCGAUCAGAUUAUCAAUCUUGGUUCAGUGCCGAAAUGUGCUACCGGUCAAGGACAGCCUGGUUAUUGUACGAUUGGAACUUGUCCAAAUUUGGGCAAUUUUUCUUCGGUUGGUUGUACUGGUCGCAAUCGUUUCAUCAAAUGUUGUCCAAAUGAAGUAGCUUUUGAACGUUAUCCAUUGGGUAAAAAAGAAUGUGGUAUUCGUCCGGAUCGACCGGAUGGAUUGAUUGUUGGUGGUUUAGAAGCUACACCACAUUCAUGGCCAUGGGCUGCUGCGUUAUAUCGUAUUCAUGAUCAACGAAAAUUUUUUCAAUGCGGUGCUACCAUCAUCAGUGAACGUUAUAUUCUUACUGCUGCACAUUGUGUUUUUCAAAAAGCUGAUUUAAUUACUGAUCCAAAUGAAUAUGUUGUUAAAGUUGGUGCACAUGAAUUAUCCGAUUCAGGAGAAUUUAUGCAAUUAGAUUCGAUAACCAUACAUGAAAAUUAUACACCACAAUAUCAUAAUGAUGAUAUUGCAUUGUUACGAUUAAAACGACCAUUAGAUUUUGUUGGUAAUGAUCGUAUAGCACCAGUAUGUUUACCUGAACGUGGAUCUCGUUUGGGACGAAAAAUUGGUACAAUGGCAACUAUGAUUGGUUGGGGUGUACAUGAUCAAAUGGAUUUUACACCAUCCGAUACAUUGUAUCAGGUAAAUGUACCGAUAUCAAGUUUGGAAAAAUGUCGUGAUACAUAUAAUCGUUUACUUAAUAUGAAUUAUUAUUUUGAUUGGAAUAAUGUUAUCUGUGCAUCCGAAUCGAAUGGUGGUCAUGAUACAUGUCAAGGUGAUUCAGGUGGACCAAUGUUAAUAUCCAAAUCAAAUGGUCGUUAUUAUCAAACUGGUGUUGUUUCAUUUGGUUAUGGUUGUGCUGAAAAAGGUUAUCCAGGUGUUUAUACCUAUGUACCAAAUUAUCUUGCAUGGAUUGGUGCUCAUAUGCAUUGAUUGACUUUAAUUUGUUUGUACAUACUUAUUAUGUU